GGUGAUAGAUUUGGAGGCGCACUGGAUGGCGCAGCUCGGCAGUUCAGUGAAGCGUUUGAUAAGGGUCUGAGUCCGAUGCAGUUUGUCAAUGAACAGCGACGUAUUGGCAAGCACAUUAUGGGGAAGCUUGAGAAAGCAAAUUUGAUUCUGAAUGUUGAUGGCGCAAUUGGUAUUAUUUUUGUUGAUAUACUUCGAUAUUCGGGCAUGUUCACGCAGGCGGAAGCACAAGAAACCAUUGAGAUUGGAGCGCUGAACGGUCUUUUCGUGCUUGGACGAAGCAUCGGAUUUGUCGGGCAUUAUUUGGAUCAAAGAAGACUCAAACAGGGUCUUUAUCGGCAUCCCUGGGAUGAUAUCACAUAUGUUUUACCAGAAGGCGAAUUUAGUACCAAUCGUUUAAACGGUUGA